AUGGUUCGGAUCGAUGCCGUGCGCGAGUCCAACGCCCAGGCGAAAUGCCUCGAGGGACUGGUGGCGGUGUUCAUCGGCGGGACAGGCGGCAUUGGCGAGAGCACCGCGAAGGAGAUGUUCCUGCGCACCACGCGACCGAAAGCAUACAUCGUGGGAAGGAGCGAAGAACGUGGCAACAAGAUUUGCAACGAGCUACAUGAGAUCAAUCCAGACGGCACAGCAAUCUUCUUGCAAAGGGACAUCAGCCUUCUCCGGAAUUGUGACGAACUCUGUGCAGAGCUCAAGGAGCGCGAGUCAAAGAUCCACUGCUUGUUCCUCACUGCGGGUUACAUGACGCUGAGAGGGCGGAAUGAGACCACCGAAGGCAUCGACAAGAAAAUGGCUGUCAACUACUACUCCCGCAUUCGAUGCAUACUCGGUCUUAUGCCGUUGCUCACGGCAGCAUCCGAGGCGAAUGAGCUCUCUCGCGUCAUCACCGUGCUCGCGGCUGGAUCUGAAGGCGAUAUUCGCAUCGACGACCUGGACCUCAAGCGUAACUUUACAUUACAUGCAUGCCUGGCACAUUGCGUCGUCAUGACCGACUUCUGCAUGGAGGAGCUUGCAAAACGCUAUCCUGGCACUGCCUUCAGCCAUUCAUAUCCGGGCACUGUAAAGACCGGCAUCGCAAACGAGCUCAGCGGACCUGUGCGACUUGCCGUGAAAGUCAUGUAUGCCGUCAUGACUCCUUGGAUCAUCAAUGUCCAAGAAUCUGGCGAACGUCACCUCUUCCAGAUGACAAGUCAAUGCUACCCUUCUCGAAAAGGGGGCGUUGGCAUUCCCCCGCCUGAGGGUCUUUCAGUAAUGCGCGGUACCGAUUUCGAGCCGGGCAGUGGAGCAUAUCUGCUCGAUUGGGAUGGCAAGUCCACAGGUGAUGAGAGCGUGCUUCGGAAGUAUCGCGAUAUGGGCUUGGGAUCAAAGGUGUGGGAUCAUACCAUGAAGAUCUUCACCUUGGCCGAGCAGCAAAUGCGAAAAGACUCGAAGCGGCCGGCGCACAGCGAAGCUGAAGGUGCAGGACGGUCGAUACCCAACCCUGUUGGCUGGCGACCAGCAUCUUGA